GCGGCGUGUUGUUUGUGUAUUGCUGUUCGCUGUUAAAUCGGAAAAUGUAAUCGAUUGUCUGUGGAUCCAGCUUGUUUACCAUGACACCGAAAUAUAUUUAGACAAAAUAAUUAUUCCGCUUUUACCUUUUGUACUGAUCGACCACAUAUCACAUAUGUGGGAGGCUAGAGACUAGUGCACGAUGACGAUGGACUGGUCAGAAGGGGCUGACCAACUUGCUGAGAAUUUUGCAGAACUCAGUUUGGAAAGAACUAUUACGAAAGGGUUCAAGUCCGCAGAGGAGAUCGAUCGACUGACAGUUGACGAAAAACUAAGUGACAUCGAACGUGCUGUUUACCUACUCAGCUCUGGUCAGGAAGUACAGAGAAUAAGUGUUAUUAAGAGUCUUCCACAACUGCUUACAGAUCAUAAUGCUGAAUGUAUGAAAAGGGUUGUUCCCAAAGUGAAGGAAGUUCUCCAUGUAGCGGGCACUGACGUCCAAAUAGCAGCAACGCAAUCUUUUCUCAUUAUCAUAGAAAACCAAAUAGUAUCGUAUCAGCAGUUUGCACAGACGUUUCUACAGAGUAUGUUACAGAGCAUCGACAAUCGCGAUCCAGCCAUUGCAUAUUCUUGGUUGGAGACAUUAUUACAAGUGAUAUCUCUUCUUCCAAAGGACAUCACCAAAAAUGAAAUCCUUACAGUUGCAAUUGCCAAGGGACAGCUUUCACAGUCAGUCCAGUCACGGCUAUCUAGUUGUAAAAUCCUGGGCAGAAUUGCUACCAAAUUUGAUUCCUUUAUGAUAAAAAAGGAAAUCUUACCCCUAGUUACGUCUUUAUGUCAAGAUGUUGAUUAUGAUGUAAGGGGAUGCAUGUGUCGGCAGUUAGAUGCAGUAGCCAGGGGUUUAGGUCUAGAAUCUACUAAAAGUGCAAUAUUACCUGAAUUAGUAGAACUUAGUAAUGAUGAAGAAAGCUUUGUCAGGCAGGUAGCUCUGGAAACUGUGGUCAGUCUGCUUAGUCUUCUAGACGAUGACACGUGUGUACACACUAUAAUCCCACUUAUGUGUAGGUUUUGUGAGAGUGCCUUGCAAACAGAAGACCCUACUCUACCCAGUGUUGCUCAUCAGUUUGGAAGGCUAUGUCACGGUUUAUCAGUUAACCUCAUUGAGGAUCAAAAGAUAUGGUUUUUAAAUUUUUAUAGAAAGUUAUGUGUAAUAGGUUUAUCAGAUGGUAAAUCAAGAAGUUUUGAAAGACAGACUCCUAAUGUACUUAAUAUCUUUGAGGAAGAUGAUAGGUAUGCCGAAUGCAGACAAGAUGCUGCCUACAACUUUCCUUGUAUGGUCUUGUUUGCUGGGCCCCGUAACUUUAAAACUGAACUUUAUAGUACGUUUUCCAGUUUGUGUGAUGAUCCUAGUAAGCUUGUACGUAGAACAAUGUCCUGUGGAUUUCAUGAGGUUGCCAAAAUGUUAGGUUCUAAUGUUGCCGUUAUUCAGCAGGAAUUAAUGUGUUUACUUAAAGAUGAUUGUACAGAGGUGUUGGAAGGUUUAAUACCUCAUUUACCAGAAACCUUAGAGAUGUUAGCUAAAGGAAGUGGUAAUGUAGUUACUGAGUCCAAGUUAACUGGUUUGAAUGACCUGGUACCGGCAUUAAUGGCAUCUGAAUCAUUAGCAGCGUGUUCAAAACAGUGGAGACUACAUGCAGAUAUAUUGACUCAGUUUUCCUGUCUUCCAAAGUGCUUGACUAGUGAUCAGAUCUAUUACAAAUUUAUACCUAUGAUGUUUAAACACAUAACAACAAAUAGAGUACUUCCUGUAAAGUUAGCAGCGAGCAGGACAGUAUGUGUCUUUAUCCGUCAUAAUAGGAAGUUAGAACAGAGGCAGGAACUCUGUUGUAGACUUAUAGAAGAAUGUUGUCAUGGUCAGAGUUCUUGGAAACGAAUCUUGUUUGUAGAUAUAUGUAUGGUAAUCAUGGAACUCUUCUCAAAGGCUUUUUACAAAGAGUACUUCUUUGAAUUUGUCAUAGAGUUAGCUCAGGAUCCUGUAGCCAAUGUGCGCCUCAAAUUUUGCCAUUUGCUACCUGCUUUGAAAUCACAGAUAAAGCUUCCCGGUGAUCGCCUUCUACUACAGCAGUUGGAGCACACUGUUAGAAAACUCUUGGCACAUGAGAAAGAUAGAGAUGUUACUGAAGCAGUUAGAAAUGCGGUAGUGAAACUUGACAAAAUACAAAUUGCAAUUGAAUCAAUUACAAACCAAACCUACCUAGAAGAAGAUAUAAUAGAUCAGAAAAAGGAAGAAGAAGAGAAACUCCUGAUAGAGUUAGAAGAAAAGGAAAAAGAAGAAGCUGAAAAAUCGGCAAAGAAUCCCACCUCUGCAAAGGGUCGGAAAAAAAAUGAAGAUGGUAAACUAAGUAAAAAAGGUUCCAAAACACCCAAGAGUUCUAAUGUAAGUGGUAAGAAGGCAAGCCAAUCCAAUAGUAACUCAUCUCUCUUGCCUGGACCGCCACCACAUUUAUCAAGCAAUAAAGGAAACAAACUGAAGUCCCUCCCAUCGGCUAAAUCUGCAAGGACUGGUAAGAAUUCACCAGUCUUAGACAUGCCUUCAUCAAUGAGUUCAUCUCAAGCAGCAGCUCAGAAUGUGGUCAAGAGAUUGUACAAUGAGAACCCAUCCUCAGGUUCACUUAAAAAAAGUUCUCGAAAAAGUAGCGCCUCGUCCACCUCUUCAACAACGAGUGAGGGCAAACCAAGGCGGAAGAUAUCCAAGUCAUAG